AUGACACAGAACAGCUCAGAGCUCACUUUCAGCAAAAAAAGUGGCGAGCCUCCUCAGACACCGUUCUUAACACAAUUUUACAGUGUUGGACUUCAGACAGAAGCCAAAAGUGGUGGGUUUAGCUUCAGAAAGAUGGCAAGAAACUAUCUUCUUGGUGUUGGAUCUUUCUGGAAAGAAGACAAGUAUUACAAUUUGCAGGAUGUAAAUUAUUACAUGUUUAAAGACAAAGAAACGGGACCAGCUUUGACAGAGAGUGUCUUCAAUAAACAACCUAUGCAAACCAGAAACGAGCAAUUGUGUUUCCAGAACACAAGUAGUCCCAACGAACCUGUGUGGUGUGAUGCGAGUUCAACAGAUGCAGACUCAAGGGAUACUUCAAACUUGAAAUGCAUAGUUAUAGAUAAUAUUCCAAGCGAUACUGGUAUUAACAGCAUAGUUUCCCAGAUUCGGGGUGGGCCGCUGACCAAAAUAAUUUUGGAAAGCGACUCUGCAAAUAGGAAUCAGGCGGUAAAAUUACGAUUGCAGUUUCUUAGUUGCCAAGAUUCGAACAAAUUUAUGCAGUCUGCGAAGUCACACUUAUUCCAAGUAAAUGGAGCAAAACUACAACCGUUUUGGGAUGAUAAUGAACAGUGUACUGAUAACGACGUUUUAACAUACAAUAAAAAUGAUUCUGAAGGGGGUGUAACUAGGUGCCUAAUUCUGAAGCAAGUUGUCCCUGAGAAAAAGGCUUCCAGUUUUAGUCGUGACAAGAACUCAAUGUUGGUCGACCUGGAUAUCAAUGAAGUUAGGAGACAGUUUUCAGCGUUUGGUUCAGUCCAAGAUAUUACACCUGUGAUAUCAAGAAAGCUGUGUUUGGCAAUUUUCUAUCUCAAUAUCAACAGCGCUUUGCAGGCCAUGAAAAGCUAUCAGACACCAUCGUCUGACCUUCAUGAGCUUUACUCCCAAAGUUGGAGUAUGUGGUACGGGAAGGAUACUACCGAUCGACCUUGCAUACAAUUGCACUAA